CCCUCCCUCUGUUGCAGCAUGUGUGUGUGCUCCCCGUUAUAAAAGCUAUCACUGUCACCAGGGCGCUAUCCUGCAGAGGAGCUCAAGUGUACGUCAGAGAAAAAGAGACUAACAGAAGACUGCACUUUUCUUCCACUGGCUGCUGUGUUGUGCUCUGUAUAAACUGCAACCAUGGCCAGAAACCUGCUGAAGAAUCCCAGUGGGGAAGAACAGUUGGAAUUCUGGGACUUGACGGAGAACGGAGGCAGUCAGUGGAAGGUGGAGGACAUGCCGGGAGACUGUGGUUUUGACUUCUGCACCGAUGGAGUGACCAAAUACUUUGUAACCUCCUUUGAGCUGUGUCUGAAGAGGCAGGUGAUCGACUUGUUAGCGGAGGGUUACUCUCCCGAAGAGUUGGACAAUGAGCCUGCCGUCACAGUGGAAGACUGGUACUGCGGGAGGUCGGAUUGUGGAUGCACUUACCAAAUGACUGUGUCUCUGCUGGAUGAGAAUCAAGAGGUCAUGAAGGAGUUCCAACCUGAGCGAGUGACUCUCGACCCCGACUGUGAUGACUGUUCAUGGAAACAGGUCAGUCAUACAUUUUCUGAGUACGGCCCUGGAAUGCGUUUCAUCUCCUUUGAACACGGAGGACAGGACACCAGGUACUGGGACGGUUGGUUUGGAGUCCGGGUCACUGGGAGUGCUGUUACUGUAGAGGUCUGAUCGAGAAGAGAAAGAAUGAAAGGAGAACGGAGCUGGGGAGUUAGGACUACUGAAAGGUGGCAGAGGACGGUGGAGAAGGUCUCCGGACUGACAGAGUGAAGUUUCGAAGUUUCAAGAGGACCAGCUUUGCCUUAUGCAGUUGCACCCGUUAGAAAACUAACUACACUAUCAUGGCAGCACGUCAGCUUUACUAACCUCAAGAUAAUUAAUUUGCUGCUUGCAACAGUUAACAGUAACCAUUUCCUACUACCUCUGCACUCUGACUUACCCUGGUGUUAAAUGACAUGAUGUUUUUGGUAGGUGGAGGCGUUGUAAGCAGUCAAGUGAUUUAUGAUUUAAACUGGAAUUAAAAUGAUGAAAUAAACUGUCA